AUGGGGGGCGGGAGCAGCAAGCCUGAAUUGAAGGUUGGGGAGAAGGGCGCAAUCGCGUCCGUUGCGGCACCACCCCCACCAGAAAAAACAUUGUCGUCUGGAACGAAGAAAAGUGACGAGUUUGCCAAAUACCGCGAGUUUCGCGACCAGCUGCUGAGUUUUUCACUUGGGGAGAGUGCGUUUGACUACGCAGAACGACUCUUUGAGAAGAAUCCCUCCAGUCCGGAGGUGAUGGCUCUUCUCGCGGAAACCACCGUCUUGUAUGACAAGAGCAAAAACAAGGUAUUCCGCGAUCACUGGUGCGAUCGACUAGAUCUCCUGCAGCGCGGCGUUGAUGUGAGUCGCAAAUGCAUCAAUGAAAACCCGGAUUAUGGCCCGUGCUAUCGCACAUACGUAUUGUGUGCCACGCGUGAAUCAGAGGCACUUUACUUUAUUAAAAGUUUUCUUGGUCUGGGACUGUUGGAAAACUACAAUGCCAUUAUGAAACGCGGUGAAAAGGGAAUGGAGUUGCUUCCCAGUGAUUCCGACAUCCCUAAUGCUCUUGGAUCGCUCUGUGGUCGCUGUGCAUAUAGGUGGUACAGUCCCACACGUCCCUAUGGCAUAUGGUGCGGGGUACCGGGUUGGAAAGAAAUGUGGGCGAAGAGCAUUGAGUUUCAUAAAAAGGCGGUAGAAAAUGAACCGAAGAACUUGGAGUAUGCGUGCCGACUUGCACAGGCGUAUUAUCAAAGCGGGGAUCUUCAGAAUGCACGUAGGUGGUACGCCAAGGUUCGGGAUGAAAUGCCGCCAGAGGAUUUGAAAGACGAACGUUGGCAAUCACUAGCGCACACAGAGCUGUCCACUGCCUUUGCCAAAACCAGCUGGAACGUUCCAUUUGCGUAG